AUGGCGUCAACCGCGGCGCCGUCGUUCAUCUGUACGUGCAGAGCUGCCGGCGCACUGAGAGCAGACACGCUAAGCGGAGACGCGUUAAAGAAAGGCACGGCUGCCUCGCACUCCUGGGCUUGCCAGGCUGGCUCGCCUGCCAGGAACUACGCGGCCGUGCGAAGCUUCGUUCUCGCCAAGAUCUUUCCGUCUCCCUACACCCGCUUGCAAGGUCCGCGCGCUCCCUGCCCUCGCUGUGUAAUGCGAGACUGCCAAUUCGCCGUCGCGCCACGUGGCGUCCUACUCACUGGCUCUCCCGGCGGCGAUAGAGACCCCUCCGCGGACGACGUUCACGUGCCCAUUUCCCCGGACCCCAAAAAGACCGCCCCCAUCCCCGUUACAAGCCCAUCCGCUACCGCCUCAUUCCGCUCGCUGUUCAAUCUCGAGAAGCACUACGCGUUUUACGGCUCGUACCACGACGACCCGAUCAACAAGGCCAUCCACAUGGUCUUCGUGUGGCCCAUCCUCUUCUCCGCGCUCGUCCUCCUCCAAUACACGCCGUCUUUAAUCUCCCUCAGCCACCCGGUCCUCGCCGCUUUAGCUAAGCUCGUGCCGCAGGUGCCCGUACCGCUUCCGCUCGCGCUUCCGGGCAGCGGGCUGGUGUUUAACGGCGCGGCGCUGGUGUCGGUGGUGUACGCGGUGUUCUACAUCGCCAUGGAGCGGCGCGCGGGGUCGCUGGCGGCGCUGAUGGUGGGCGGGUGCUUCGUGGGCUCGCGCGCCUUCAUCAAAGCCGUGGGCGCCGGGCGCGCUUGGAAGGUGCGCGCGGGGCUGCCAGGGGGGGUUGGGGGGGAGGAUAGCGAGGGUUGCUCGAGUGACUUGACGGGGAAGAUGGCUGUGACAUUGAGGGUGGAGUCAGCCUCUUCCCUGCUCACCCAUUCCACCGCCUCCCCCUUCCUCUCUCUCCCCGAUCUGUCACCCUGCCUCUCUCCCCUGUCCUCUUCCCUGCCAAUCUCCCCUGCCUCCCUCCCCGCCUCCCUCCCCGCCCCCCUCCCUGCCUCUCUCCCCUGCCCCUCUCCUCUUCCCUUUGGCCAUCAGCUUGCUGUCAUCGCCCAGGUGGUGUCGUGGGCCGGGCAGUUUUUGGGCCAUGGCGUCUUCGAGGUUAUGGAGCGGUUUGGGUUUGAACCGUACCCUGGAUUCCGCCAGCGCGUGAGGGCCAUGGUUGCAGUUGGAGCUGGCGCUGAUAUUCAAGGGCACGUGGCGCUGAUGCGAGACUCGGACAGGCUUGCUGCAGCAGCUGCUCUUGCUGCAGUCUAUGCUCACUGGGUGCCUCAAGAAAACAUCAUUGUGACCAACCUCUGGUCCGCUGAGCUGACCAAGCUGGCAGCGAAUGCGUUUCUUGCUCAACGCAUUUCGUCAAUCAACGCUAUCUCCGCCCUGUGCGAAUCCACUGGGGCUAACGUCUCAGAAGUAGCAUACGCCAUUGGAAAAGAUACCCGCAUUGGCUCCAGAUUCUUGCAAGCCUCUGUUGGUUUUGGUGGCUCCUGCUUCCAGAAGGACAUUCUGAACCUUGUCUACAUCUGUGAGUGCAAUGGAUUGAUGGAGGCUGCUCAUUAUUGGAAAUCGGUGAUUGAUAUUAACGAGUACCAGAAGUCGAGGUUCAUCAGCCGAAUUGUGUCCUCCAUGUUCAACACUGUCGUCAACAAGAAAAUUGCCAUUCUCGGGUUUGCCUUCAAGAAGGACACAGGAGACACCAGGGAGAGCCCUGCCAUUGAUGUUUGCCAUGGGCUUCUCAGGGAUCAGGCUGACGUCAGCAUCUACGACCCACAAGUGACUGAGGAGCAGAUCAGGCGUGACCUGUCCAUGAACAAGUUUGACUGGGACCACCCUUACCACCUGCAGCCAGUCAGCCCAAGAGUCCACCAGAAGGUUUCUGUGUCAUGGGAUGCAUAUGGAGCGUGCAAAGGUGCUCAUGGAAUCUGCAUCCUCACAGAGUGGGACGAGUUCAAGACACUGGACUAUCAGAAAAUCUAUGAGCACAUGGAGAAGCCAGCCUUCGUGUUUGACGGCCGCAACAUUGUGGAUGUGGCAAAGCUGAGGGAGAUCGGCUUCAUUGUGUUUGCUAUUGGACACGCUCUAGACCCCUGGGUGAAGGAUCUUCCUUCCAUGCACUAG